UGUGUGUGUGAGUGUGUGUAUGUGUGCGUGCGUGCGUGCGCGGCGAGAAGAUGGCGGCGGCGGGGGACGCGGCGUGAGGAGCCGGAGCAGCGCCGGGCCUCAUUGAAACGGGCCGCCAUGGCCCUCCACAACCCGCAGUAUAUUUUUGGAGAUUUUAGCCCUGAUGAAUUCAAUCAGUUCUUUGUGACUCCCCGGUCGUCAGUAGAGCUCCCUCCAUACAGUGGGACAGCUCUAUAUGGCUCACAGGUUACAGAUGGACUGCCCAAUGCAGGACAAGACCGUCGGAGAAUUGAGUUUGGUGUUAAUGAAGUAAUUGAACCCAGUGAUGCUUUGCCGAGAACCCCCAGCUACAGUAUUUCAAGCACAUUGAAUCCUCAGGCCCCUGAAUUUAUUCUUGGUUGUACAACUUCCCAGAAGACCACUGCUGGCCUAGAUAAAGAAGUGAACUGCAGUUCCAUCGACAGCCAGUGCCCAGGCUCUGCCCUUGCUUUGGAUAGCAGUUCUAAUGUGGAGGCAGAUAUCUUAGAAAAUGAUGGUGUCUCGGGUGGACUUGGACAAAGGGAGCGUAAAAAGAAGAAAAAGCGGCCUCCUGGAUAUUACAGUUACCUGAAAGAUGGUGGUGACGAGAGCAUUUCCCCAGAAGCCCUGGUCAAUGGUCAUGCCACUUCAGCAGUUGCAAACAGCAUGGGUGCAGAGGAUGCAGAGUUCAUUGCCGAUGUGCUUCCCUCAGUUACGCCCAGGACUUGUGACAGCCCUCAGAACUCCAUGAACUUCAUCAGUGAUGCUGUGCCUGACAGUCCUUUCUCCCGAGCACUUGAUGGUGAUGCCAGGACUGCAGGGCUGCCUGAGGGCUGCCAUGGGACCGACUUGGAGCAACCUUGCCUCCCUGCAGACAGCCUGCUAAGGACAGCUUUGGCACAGCCCUUUGCUGGCACCGAUACUACUGAGAACCUUGUCAUUGCUAAUGGAAAAAUACUUGAAUCUUUGGGCGAGGGCACAGCUGCCAAUGGGAUAGAGUUGCACACAGUGGACAGUGUAGACUUGGACCCUUCAAAGUCUGAGAGUUCCUCACCUCCUGCUGAAAGCGCAGUCUCAGUGUCGGGCGCCAUUCCCAUUAGCCAGCCUGCCAAGUCUUGGGCCAGCCUCUUCCAUGAUUCUAAGCCCUCUUCCUCCUCGCCCAUGGCAUAUGUGGAAACUAAGUGUUCCCCUCCUGUCCCAUCUCCCCUGGCCUCUGAACAGCGGGUAGAAGUCAAAGAAGGGCUGGUUCCAGUCUCAGAGGAUCCUGUAGCCAUAAAGAUUGCAGAGUUGCUGGAGAAUGUGACCCUAGUCCAUAAGCCAGUGUCGCUGCAACCCCGUGGGCUGAUCAAUAAAGGGAACUGGUGCUACAUUAAUGCCACCCUGCAGGCAUUGGUGGCUUGCCCUCCAAUGUACCACCUGAUGAAGUUCAUUCCUCUCUACUCAAAAGUGCAAAGGCCUUGCACGUCAACACCCAUGAUAGAUAGCUUUGUUCGGCUAAUGAAUGAGUUUACGAACAUGCCAGUACCUCCCAAGCCCCGACAAGUUCUUGGGGAGAAAAUCGUGAGGGAUAUCCGCCCAGGAGCUGCCUUCGAGCCCACAUACAUUUACAGACUCCUGACGGUUAUCAAGUCAAGCCUCUCUGAAAAGGGCCGACAAGAAGAUGCUGAGGAGUACCUGGGCUUCAUUCUCAAUGGACUUCAUGAGGAAAUGCUGAGCCUGAAGAAGCUCCUGUCCCCUGAACUUACAAUUUCCAACGGGCCCAGAAGCCACUUAGUCAAUGACGAAGAGCAGGAGGAAGAAGGUGAAGGAAGUGAGGAUGAGUGGGAGCAAGUGGGCCCCAGGAAUAAGACCUCUGUCACGCGCCAGGCAGAAUUUGUCCAGACUCCCAUUACUGGUAUUUUUGGUGGCCACAUCAGGUCCGUGGUGUACCAGCAGAGCUCAAAAGAGUCUGCCACAUUACAGCCAUUCUUCACACUGCAGUUGGACAUCCAGUCUGACAAGAUCCGUACAGUUCAGGAUGCACUGGAAAGUUUGGUGGCAAGAGAAUCUGUCCAAGGUUACACCACCAAAACCAAACAAGAGGUGGAGAUCAGCCGGAGAGUGACCCUGGAAAAGCUCCCUCCCGUCCUUGUGCUGCACCUGAAGCGCUUUGUCUAUGAGAAGACAGGCGGCUGUCAGAAGCUGGUCAAGAACAUUGACUACCCCGUGGACUUGGAGAUCAGCAGAGAGCUGCUGUCUCCGGGGGUUAAAAAUAAGAAUUUUAAAUGCCACAGAACCUAUAGGCUGUUUGCAGUGGUCUACCAUCACGGCAGCAGCGCGACAGGCGGCCAUUACACGACGGAUGUCUUCCAGAUAGGGCUGAACGGCUGGCUGCGCAUCGACGACCAGACAGUCAAGGUGAUUAACCAGUACCAGGUGGUGAAGCCAACCGCCGAGCGCACAGCCUACCUCCUGUAUUACCGCCGCGUGGACCUGCUGUAGCCGUGCGAGUGUGCCUGACGCUGCUUCCUCGAACUCCGACUCUCACUAACUUCCCGCCUCUCGUGCUCUUUAGAGAGACUCUCCCUUUGCAAACAUGGGCUUGAGUGGAAAGGAGAUGCCUUGGGGCUUGUGCACUGCAUAGUUCAUGUUGGCUUCUAACUUCCAAAUCAAAAUCAUUUGGUUGAAACAGACUGUCGCUUGAUUUCAGAAAAUACACAAAAACCCAUACUUGUGAAAUAAUGCUGAUUCCUGAGCUAAGGGAGCUCGCAUCUGACCCCCAGUCUGAUGGCUAAGUAGAAUAAAUCCUGCACCAGCAACUCUUGUAAAUUUGUGAAAAUGAAUUUUAUCUUUCCUUAAAAAAAUAAAUUUUUUAAUCCAUCACACUUUCCUCCCCACCCUUUAGUUUUUGAUAAAUGAUAAAAAAAAAAUGAGCCAGUUAUCAGAGAUGGAAUAGUUCUUACUUUAAAAGAAAAAUAAAUACAAAAAAAUAUGUUGCUGGUUCCUAAUAGGAAAAAUGCAAUUUAAUAAUUGUGCGAUGACAAAUUGCUUAAGUACACACUGCAGAUGACAGAUUUGGAGUUGAUGUUAGUCUGUGUAGGUGGGUGAUUGUGACUUCAUUGCCAUUCAAGCUUCUGUGUACACAUAAAGAAAAAUGGACAAAAAUACUGAAGAUUGACAUUUCCUGACGUCUGCUGUUUAAUUCUGCUGUCUGCUCCUCUCUGCCACGAGCCUCUUGUACACAGCUCAUGAUGCCUAGGAGCGCGAGGUUGUCACCCAUCAAUAAAGAUCACACAGUUGGUUUAAAGCUGUGUGUGCUUAUUGGAA